CGAACGGACGUGCGGUGUCGGUUUGCUGCCGGUUUGUUUUCGAUUUUAAAGCGACUUUGACUUUGUUUGCAUUUGCAUUUGCGUUUGCGUUUGCGUUUGCGCCGUUGCCACACAAUUGUUUUUUGUUGACGUGCGCGUGUGUCUUUGCCACUUUGUUUGCCUUUCUGGGCCCAAAUCACUUGUUGCUGGAUGCUAUUGCCUGUUUUUGGUGAUAGACAAAAACAAAAACCAACUAAAUCGCGAGUGCAAACCUGAAUGAUGGUGGAGAAAAACAAAUAGUGGCCGAGUGUUUUUGUUAUUUCUUGAGUUUUUUGAGUUUUUGUUCAAGUGAAAGCGUGUGAAAAUUGGCCAACACUCGGGGCCAAAGCCCUCUCGCACUCUCUUUUUGGCUCUCUUUUGGCAAGGGAAUAAUAUACACGAUAAACUCAAGAGCCCGACACCCAGCGAUAUCCAUAUCCUGCCUUGCGGCCAGCCAAAACUUCCGGUCAACAUGCAACCGCAAUUGUUGCAUCGCCCCAGCCUCCGUCCUUCAUCGUCAAUAGCAUUAUCAUCAUCAUUUUAGCCACAGGUGUAGUGAGAACAGCUACAUUUUUGGAUGUCAGCCAGAAGUGGACGCAGAAUGACCACUCCGGGCACAUUAUAUCGGUUGGCCAGUGGCGCAGCUGCCACACCGGCCACGCCCACAAACAGCCUAUACGCCCAGCCGCCCAAGCCCUAUGCCGUGGGUUCGAUCCAAAACGGUUCGGAGAGGAAUCGCAUUCUGGAACUGCUGAGGGCACCCAAUAGCCUGACCUCUCCCACACUGGAACCCUCCUCCAAGGGACUGCUCAAUGGACCCGGGCAGAACAACUGUUUCCUCAACUGCGCCGUACAGGUCUUGUGGCACUUGGACGCCUUUCGACGAUCGUUUCGCGGCCUAAAUCAGCACGUUUGCGGCGGCCAAGACUGCAUCUUCUGCGCUCUAAAGGAACUCUUCCAGCAGCUGCAGACCAGCUCGGAACCGGCCUUGUGUCCGGAGCCACUGCGUCGGGCCUUGGCCAGUGGUCCCUUGGCGGGACGUAGAUUCCCCCUAGGAUGCUUGGGGGAUGCCGCCGAGUGCUUCGAGCUCCUGCUGCACCGCGUCCACUCGCACAUUUCGCCGGACGAUGGCGACUCCUGUGAGUCCUCCGCCUGCAUCGCCCACCGGAGAUUCGCCAUGCGCGUCAUCGAGCAGAGCGUCUGCAAGUGCGGAGCCAACUCCGAGCAGCUGCCCUUCACCCAGAUGGUGCACUACGUCUCCGCCUCGGCCCUAACCUCCCAGAAGAGUCUGGCCCUGCAGUCCCACCAGCAGCUGAGUUUCGGCCAACUCUUAAGGGCUGCCGGCAACAUGGGCGACAUACGCGAUUGUCCGAACACCUGUGGCGCCAAGAUUGGAAUAUGUAGAGCCCUGCUCAACCGACCGGAUGUGGUGUCCAUUGGCAUCGUUUGGGACUCGGAGCGACCGGCGGCGGACCAGGUGCAUGCCGUUCUGAAGGCGGUGGGCACUAGCCUGCGACUGGCCGACGUCUUCCACCAGGUCAGCGAACAGCGAUGGGCCCAGCAGACCCAGCACGAGCUGGUGGGGAUCGUCUCCUACUACGGCAAGCACUACACCACCUUCUUCUUCCACACCAAGCUCAAGGUGUGGGUGUAUUUCGAUGAUGCGAAUGUCAAGGAGGUGGGACCCAGUUGGGAGGGCGUGGUGGACAAGUGCAGUCGGGGAAGAUAUCAGCCACUGCUGCUCCUCUACGCGGUACCCCAACAGCCGGUGGUGGUCAAUGGCAGCCUAAAUGGCAAUGGAGGUCUUACUAACCACUUGGAUGUGGCCAUGCCGGCGAGUGCUCCAGUCGGUGUUGCCUCAGUGGUUCGCCGGGCAGUCACCCCCAGUCCGGAGAAGCCCAGUUUGGGCAGCACCAGGAGGGCCAUUACACCCACGCCCCUAAGGACCCCCACCAAUGAUUACCAGAACCUGAGUGUGAUCCAAAAGAGCAUCUUUCCGGGUUAUCUAAUGGCCACCACCGAUGAAACGGAUGCCUACAUCAGUCGCAAAACGGUGGAGCAUGUGCUGAGUGCCCAGUACCAGAAUCUGAGUGUGAUUCAGGACAAGAUAGGAGGAGCAGGUGCGGGAGGAGCACCUGUUAAUGGAGGACCACAGAAUGCCGACAAGGAUGGGGGCUUCCUCAGCAGGAAGCCCAUUGAGGCCGUGCUGAGUGCCCAGUUGGCCAGGAGGCAGCACCUGCAACUGCAACGCAGCCACAGUGCGGAAUCCAGUUCCGGCCACGCCUCCUCCAAUGGCAGUUCCCCGCCCAGCGAUGGACUCACCAUGCCGGAGCACCUGAAUCAGCCGCGUCGGCGGGACUCGGGCAAUUGGUCCGGCGAUCGGAAUAGCGCCAGUUCAGCCAGUUCCACCACGCUGGACAAUCCCUAUCUGUAUAUGGUGGCCAAGAGGGGCGUGGCAGCAGUGCCCCAGAGUCCCACGCGACAUGGCCUGCCCUAUGACCCCGGCUAUGACUCCUUCUCCCUGAGCUCCACCGACUCGUAUCCGCCGAAGCAUGCCCUCAAUCCCCAGCUGGCCAAGAUUCCAGAGGCGGCCAUGGGUUCCAUGGUGCCGAAAGGAGGUGCUCACACCCAUGGGCAGUUGGCCCUUUCCGGGGACUGCGAGAAGCUCUGCCACGAGGCGGACCAACUGCUGGAGAAGUCGCGACUGGUGGAGGAGUCGCAUGAUCUGGAGACGGCGCUGGUGCUCUGCAAUGCGGCAGCUGGGAGGGCAAGGGCCGCCAUGGAUGCCCCCUACAGCAAUCCGCACACCAUGACCUUCGCCCGGAUGAAGCACAACACUUGCGUGAUGCGGGCCAGGAGUCUGCAUCGCCGGAUUCUCGUCGAGAAGGGGGCGGAAACGGAGGGCAUGCCGGAGCUGAAGCACAUGCGCGAGGGCAGCACCAGCAGUGUGAAGCAUGUGCGCCAGAACAGCAAGGAUCGCACGCUAGAGAAGGAGCAGCAGCUGCAGUUCCAGCAGAUACAGCAGAUACAGCAGAUCCAGCAGAUACAGCAUAUCCAGCAGCAGAUCCCGGCCAGCAUCGAGAUCUAUGCCACGUUGCCGAAGCGCAAGAGUCCUCUGAAGACCCUGGCCUCCGCAUCCGCCGCCUGCGAUGACAAUGCCAUCGAGUACGAGCAGGAGAAGCAGGUGGCCACCAGUCCGGGGAAGCCGGAGCGGGAGAGCCGAUCCCUGUUCGGGCGCAAGGACAAGGACAAGGAGAAGGAGAAGCGGAGUCGCAGCGAGGAUCGCAACAAGCUGACCCGCGAGUUCUCGCUUACGGAGACGCUGCUCGUCAAUGCCAAGGACACGCUGAAGAAGCACAAGGAGGACAAGGACGAAAAGAAGGAGAAGGACAAGAGCGGCAAGAAGCAGCACAAGAUCAGGCGGAAGCUGCUAAUGGGCGGCCUCAUCCGCCGGAAGAACCGCUCCAUGCCCGAUCUCACCGAGGCGGUGGACGAUGUGGCGGCCAGUGCCGGCAUGAUGACCCACCAUCCCCAUUAUCCCGUCCAGGGUGGAGGAGGGACGACGACGGCAGCGGGCACACUACUAGGCAGCUCCGUGGACGACAGUGGAGUGGGUCUGGGCAAGCACGGCCACGGCAUGAGUGGCUACAUCUCCGAGGGACACUUCGACUAUCCGGGCUCCGGUUCGGGCUCGCAUUCGGGAGCGGGCAGCAAUCCCAAUCCGAAUCUGGAGCGAAGCAAGCUGAUGCGCAAGAGCUUCCACGGCAGCGGCAGGCAGCUGACCAUGGUGCCCAAGGUGGCGCCACCGCCGCCCAUGAGAACCAGUUCCACUCUGACCCCCCAGCAGCAGCAGCAGUUCCACCACGAGGCCAACUUGUCCAAUCUGUCGGCCAUGAGUUCGAACACCUCGAUCAGCGAGGACUCCUGCCAGACGAUAAUCACCACCUGUGCCCAGGUCCACUCGGAGCAGAGUCCGCUGAAGGAUCUGCAAGUGCUGGCCGGCCAGGAUGAGUUGCCCCUGCCGCCGCCCAUGGAACUGCCUCCGUAUCCAAGUCCGCCGCACUCCGCCUGCCAUUCGCGGCAGGCUAGCGAAGAUUUCCCGCCACCACCGCCGCCCGAACUGGAUUUGGAGCCGCUAAACCAGCAGCUGAGCCAACUGCAGGCCUUGGAGGCGGCCAGCAAGCACCAGCGCCAGCAACUGGACUCCCUGGAGGGCACCACCAGCAUCCUGGCCCAGCUGCAGCAGCGCCAGCAUCUGCUGAAGAUGAGGAAGGAUCAGGCCAGCCAGCCGGGAUCCGCGGCAGAUGCCACCUGGCUGAAGGAGCUGCAGGCCAAGCAGGCCAACGAUCUGAGGGCCAUGCAGCGCAAGCUGGAGGCCUCGUCGCCGUCGAGUGUCCGUGACUUGGCCCACCGCUUCGAGCAGACCUCCAUUCGCUCCUAUGCCUCGCAGGAGUUGCUCUCCCAGCCUUCUCCAGGAUGUCAGGGAGGCCAGGGCCAGCCGGCUGGACAGCUGCGCACCCAGAUGAAUGGCCUGCCCAGUGCCAAGUUGGAUGUGGAUGAGGUGGACUCGAUGCCGACGCCAGUGAGAAGCUCCCUGCCCGCCGCCCUCGCCGCCCACCAGCUGCUGCCCAAGCCCAAGUACGAGAUGAGCCAAUCCCAGAUAGCCGAGGAGAUUCGCGAGGUGGAGCUGCUCAACACGAUGGUGCAGCAGACGCUGAACCAGAAUGGAGGAACCAUUGCACCGCCCAAGCGGGUGAAGAAGAAGAGUGUGUCCUUCUGCGACCAGGUGAUCCUGGUGGCCACCGCUGGCAACGAGGAGGAUGACGACUUCAUACCCAAUCCCAUCCUGGAGCGGGUUCUGCGGACGGCCCAGCAUCCCAACGAGAAGGUGACGGCCCAAAUGAUCCAGCAGCAGCAGCAGAAUAUGCUGAGAUUGCAGACAGAGGCGCAGCCGCGACAGCAGUUGCAGCAGCAACAGUUGCAACAGCAGCAGCAGCAACAGUUGCAGCAGCAAUUGCAGCAGCAGCAGCAACCAUCGCCCAUGUUGGGCAGACCAGCGGCAGCCACAGCAGAUAUGCAGCGAUAUGUGCAAAGAAUGCAACAGCAGCAGCAGCAGCAACAACAACAGCAGCAGCAGCAGCAACAUCAGGAGCUGCUACGCCAGCAGCAGCAACAUCGCACUAGCAUGAGCGGCAUAGCCACCCAGCAGCACUUGCAGCAAAUGGAUGCACAGUACACCACCAUGCCGCGUCCCUUGCAUCAUCCUCAGCUGGGAAGCUACUCGGUGCACCUGCAGAAGCACCAGCAACUGCAGCAGCAACAGCAACAGAUGCAGCAGCAACAGCAACAGCAGCAGCAACAGCAGGCUCCCCAGCAACUCAGCUUGGGCUACUUCAGCAAUGGCAAUGUGGCUGCCUCCGAGCAAGUGCCCCUGCCCUCGCCCUAUCAGCGAGUGCCUCUGCCACAUGGCUACCAGCCAGCGGCGGCAGCAGCAGCAGGACCCUACUACCCACUGCCCAAUGCCCAGCAGUUGCAGCAGCAACUGCAACAGCAGCAGCAACAGCAACAGCUGAUGGCCAAGCCCGUUCAGAAGAAAGUGAGCUUUGAGCCGGGCACCAAGGGCGAGGCCGAUUGCCUGCCACCGCCACCACCACCGCCGCAAAAGAAUGGAUUGCCCGAGGCGGUACCAGGAUCAGGAUCAGGAUCCGGAGCAGCGGCAGCGGGGGGCAACUCCUCGGCCGCCAUCACCGCCAUACCCACCCGCGUCUACAACAAUGCCAUCGUGAAGGCCUCGGCCAAGGCCGUCGAGUGCAACUUGUGCCGCAAGCGGCAUGUGAUCGCCCCGGCGGUAUAUUGCACCAACUGCGAGUACUACCUGCAGAUGCUGAACCAGCGCAGAUGAUGAUGAUUCGAUUCGAUUCGAUUCGAUUCGUUUCGAUUCGAUCACCGAUUAUCCACCAUCUCUAGUGCAACUUUCUAGCCGUACAUGGAACCCGUUAAUCUCAAGCAAUGCAAUGCUGCCACGUCGCCAAUAAGGAUCCGCCAAGGAUGUACAUAGCAUGGUUACAAAUACGUAGGACUUAGGAUGUUAGACGAGGCUGCCAGGCGUAUCGAUCGAAGGACUCGAGGACUCAAGGAUCGGGCGGAACGCAGAUACGGAGGGGGAACACAGUCCUUCUAUGGUUCCACAUGAGAAGUUCCCGCUGUGACACACAUCCCACCCACCAAUGCCACCCAUCACCACCCACAUCAAUGUCAAUGUCCCCAAGCACACGCACACAAGCAUAUUGUACACGCCCAUCCACACCUACACAUAUACUUGCCCAGGACUUGAUCCUGUUGUAAACGAUGCAGCUGUUGAACGAAAAUUCAGCCGCUGCACCGUGUACAACCUCCUCAAGGCCGAACGUCGCCCCAUUGGACAUCGAUCGCUUGACUAAAUGCAUUCCCAGAUACUAAAACACCCGAAGCCUGGCCAGCCCUUCCAUCAGUCGCAUAAGUGUUUUUUUUUCACAACGAAUUUUAAUUACAUUUUUUACCUAAGCUUACUAAAUACGUUUUAUUUUUUCUGUGUGUGACGCCAGCAGUUUGAAACUCAGUCGUUGAGCUUCCUUGUGCGUGCUGUUGUCCAACGACACUCGCAUUUUCAUUUUUUUUACAUAUUUUUUUGUAUUAUUUUUAGUUCUUAGAUUAAGCACAAAUUUUUUUGUAAUUUUCGUACUUAACUAGGCUUUAGAACAUUUAAGCAUACUCUUUGUGUCUUGUGCAUUUAAACGAUUCCGUGUAUUUAUAGUGUUAAUACUACUUUUACAAUUUAUACAUUAUUAUAUAGAUUACAUAUUUUUAUAAUGACUUUUAAAAGAAGAUUUCUCUUUGCAGCAUACGAGAAGCGAGAAAAGAGAUGUCAAGCAUCCACAAGAAUGGUAAAGAAUUAUUUUU